UUUGAAUGUUUCCUUGUUUCAAUUACAAUUUCUGAGCAUAUUUUUUUAUUCACUUUUUGCAGAACAAGGCUGAAGCUGCUUUUGAAAAAUAUAAGCAGGAGAACCCAGAUUCAAGCACUAAAGAUUUGUUGAGAGCUGUAAGGAAAAUCAUGUCCGAAGUUAGGGGGUCUGAAAGGAGCAGACGUGUAAGAGGAUUGGGGUUAGGACCAACCCCAACCUAAUUUUGAGAUUUUUGGAUGAGAGUUUGUAUUUAGCACAUGAUAGACUGAUGAAGAAGGCCCUCUGUUUUGCUUCUUCUAUAUGGGGAAAAGCCACAGUCUUCUUGAGCAAAGAUUUUCAAAAUUUGUUAUGAUGGACUUCACUUACAAAGAUGAAAAGGUUUGCUGUCUCAUUCUUGGGCCACUUUCCCCAACUUUUUUCUUAUCACCAUCACCUUGGUUCUCCUCCAAAUUGUUCUCCUAUGUUCUUCAACAGAUUUUUGAGCCAAACACUCCUUUGCUCAAGUUCAACCAAUACCAGACUUUUUCCUGACUAUUCCCCAAAGAAACCCACCAUUAGAGACUUAGAGUUUGUGCAUCAAAUCACUUCUAUCAUAAAAUUACGUCGCUCUGAGCCCCUCCCUCGCAUUUUAAAGCCUUAUGAGUCAAAGUUCCAAUCUAAUCACCUAAUUUGGGUCCUGAUGAAAAUUAAGAAUGACUAUGGACUUGUUUUGGAUUUCUUUGAGUGGGCAUGCCUGCACAGAGACCCAACUCUUGAAGUUCGUUCCAUUGUUGUCCAAAUUGCUGUGGCUUCAAAAGAUUUAAAAAUGGCUCGUUGGCUUAUUCUUGACUUUUGGAGAAAACCCAAUUUGGAUGUUAGUCUAUCUUUCACGCAUUUUGUUGAGCGGCUGGUAUACACUUACAAGGUUUGGGGUUCAGAUCCCCAUGUGUUUGAUGUUUUCUUCCAAGUACUUGUUGAAGUUGAGAUGCUUGAUGAAGCAAUGAAAUUUUUUGGCAAAAUUUUGAAUUAUGGUGUGGUUAUCUCUGUUGAUUCUUGGAACCUAUAUCUUUCUCGUUUACCAAACAAUUUGCAUGGGCUUUGGAAGGCAAUGAAGGUUUAUACUGAAAUUCCUCAAGUAGGUGUUUGUUGGAACACUACAUCAUACAACAUUCUUAUUCAUCUUUUUUGUCAACUUGGGAAAAUAAAGGAUGCACAUCUUUUGCUCCUGCAAAUGGAGUUGAGGGGCUGUAUUCCCGAUGUUGUAAGUUAUAGUACCAUAAUCAAUGGAUAUUGUCACAUACAAGAACUGCAAAAGGUGUUGAGGCUCAUUAGAGAAAUGCAAAUAAAGCAAUUGAAUCCUAACCCUUGUACUUACAACAGCAUAAUUCAUCUUCUAUGCAAGAUGGGUAAAGUAGUUGAAGCUGAGAAGAUUUUGAGGGAGAUGAUCAAUGAAGGAAUCUAUCCUGAUUUUGUGGUAUUCUCAACUCUCAUUGAUGGUCUUUGUAAGCGUGGAAAUCUUUCAGCUGCCUAUAUGUUGUUUCACGAGAUGCAGCGUUGGAGAAUUAUGCCUGAUUUAUUAACUUACACCUCUCUUAUUUGUGGAUUUUGUCAAAUUGGAAAUAUGAUUGAAGCAGACAAAGUUUUCCAUGAAAUGUGUGGUAGAGGGUUGGAACCAGAUGAGGUUACAUGUACAGCCCUUAUUGAUGGUUAUUGUAAGGUCGGUAAGAUGAAAGAUGCCUUUUUACUUCAUAACCAGAUGGUUCAGGUGGGGUUGGUCCCAAAUGUUGUCACCUACACUGCUUUAGCAGAUGGACUUUGUAAAUCUGGUGAGUUGGAUACAGCAAAUGAGCUUCUUCAUGAGAUGUGUGGGAAGGGCCUUCAACUGAAUAUCAUCACUUACAAUGCAAUGGUAAAUGGACUUUGUAAAGCAGGAAACAUUGUUGAAGCUGCAAAGCUUAUGGAAGAUAUGGAAGUGGUAGGGCUCAAUCCUGAUACUUUUACAUAUACCACUCUAAUGGAUGCAUACUGUAAGGUAGGGGAUAUGAGUAAGGCUCAAGAACUACUGCAGAGAAUGCUUGACAGAGGGCUCCAACCAACUAUUGUUACGUUCAAUGUGCUAAUGAAUGGAUUUUGUAUGUCUGGAAUGUUGGAAGAAAGUGAGACUCUGCUAAAAUGGAUGUUGGACAAGGGUAUAACGCCAAAUGCAAUCACCUACAAUUCUCUUAUGAAGCAGUAUUGCAUCAGAAACAACACAUGCGCUACAAGUGCAGUUUAUAAAGGUAUGUGUGCUCAAGGAGUGUUGCCUGAUAGCAACACUUAUAACAUUUUGAUAAAAGGGCAUUCAAAAGCAAGAAAUAUGAAAGAGGCAUGGUUUUUGCACAAAGAAAUGGUUGGGAAGGGAUUUAGUCUCACACCUAGUUCCUAUAAUGCCAUGAUCAAAGGUUAUCUUAAAAGGAAGAAAUUUUUGGAGGCAAGUGAACUAUUUGAUGAGAUGAGAAGACAAGGAUUGACUGUUGAUAAAGAUAUAUAUGAUCUGUUUCUUGAUAUAAAACUAUGAAGGCAACAUGGAAACCUUACUUGAGCUUUGUAACGAGGCAGAUCUUGUGGAUAAGUCCGAGAGUGAAAUUGAGCACUAUGCUGUCUGUUGUUGAACAAUCAUGGAUGUAGUUCCCACUUCCUACCCAUGAUCCCAAUAGGCUUGUGUUGUGACCACGGAGGCCAAGCCCCAAGGAAGAUACAUGACUGCUUUGUGGACAAUCACUGAUGGACAAUGAAUCUGCAGCUGCAAAGCAGUCAUUUGAGCAAGGAAGGUGUUCUGGACCAAUGCUAUAAAAUUUUGAUGUAAACCAUGCUAUUGAUUGUACAAAAAAAAGAAUCAGUGGCAUUGAUGUGUCUGACACCAUCUCAAGUGAUCCUCUGUUGCGAGUACACCAGGUAUCAAAUAUCAUGAUUGUAGUGCAGGAUUUCUGCAUGUUCAAAUGGAAUAUUCAAAGAUUUGAGGUGCAUCUCAUCGUUUAGAUCCUUUGUUGUAUGAAACUGGAUGAAUAUGUAUAUAUAUCCAAAAUUUCCUGCCAAGAUAGAUUCUCCAUGCAUAGUAAUGUGAUACUUCA